AUGGCUGAUUGUAUCCGAAGUGUGGCAAGGAAGGUGUUAGGAGAAACAAAAGGGAAGCGUAUGAUAGAUAAGGAUGGGUGGUGGUGGAGUGAAAGUAUUAGAGAAGUUUUGAGAGAAAAGAAAAAUGCCUUUAAAGAAUGGCAGAGCGUAGAAGACCAGAAUGAAUCCAUAAAAGAAAGUAAGAGAGGGGCGUAUAAAGAAUGUAAGAAGAGAGCGAAGAAGGAAGUUGCUAUUUGUAGGGCAGAGGCGCACGAUAAAUUAUAUCGGUCCCUUGAAAGCCCCGAAGGUCAAAAACGACUUUUUCAAAUUGCAAGAGCGAGAGAAAGGAAUGGAAGAGAUGUUUCACAUGUAAAAUGCAUAAAAGAUGAUUCUGGAAGGAUUUUGACUGACGAUGAAAGUAUAAAGAAGCGAUGGAAGGAGUAUUUUGAGAAAUUGAUGAAUGAGGAGAAUGAAUGGAAUGGUAUGCUUGAAAACCCACCAGUGAAUAUGGGCUUAGUGAGAGAAAUUAGUGUGGAAGAAGUAAAAAUGGCUGUUAGGAAUAUGAAGAAUGGGAAGGCGGUCGGCCCAGAUGGAAUACCAGUAGAAGUGUGGAAGUUGCUGAGGGCGGAUGGAUGGAAGUGGUUGAGUUUAUUUUUCGGUAAAUUGUUGCAGGAAGAACAAAUACCUGAGGAAUGGUGCAGUAGUAUACUGGUUCCCAUUUUUAAAAACAAAGGAGACGUUCAAAACUGCAGCAGUUACCGGGGAAUAAAGCUCAUGUCACAUACGAUGAAAGUCUGGGAAAGAAUAAUAGAGAGAAGAAUGAGAGAAGAGUGUGAGAUAACACAAAACCAGUUCGGAUUCAUGCCCGGUCGAGGUACGACAGAUGCCAUUUUCGCAUUACGCCAAUUGUGCGAAAAGUACAAGCGCGUGCAUAAAGAUCUGCACAUGGUUUUUGUCGACCUUGAAAAGGCGUACGAUAGGGUUCCCCGUGAGGUCUUGUGGUGGGCGUUAAAGAUGAAAGGUAUGCCUGGGAAGUAUGUGAGGUUGGUCCGUGCUAUGUACAGAACAUCCCGUACAUGUGUACGAUCUGCCGCGGGAACUACGGGCAGUAUCGGUGUGGCGGUAGGGCUGCACCAAUGGUCGGCACUGAGCCCUGUUUUGCAGGGGACUGGUCAUUUUUUCUAA